AAAGGGAAAAAAAACAGCAAAUAAUGUUUAUAGAAAGUUAUAAGCAUGUACAAGUGAAGAAGCCGAUUUUUACGUUACGUCCCCUUCCAAUUUUCCAUACGUAUAAAGAGAAAUCCUCCCAUUUUAUCAAGAAAUUGACACAUAUAGGGCAUAUCUCAUUUAACCCCGCACGUUUGUUCAUAAUCAGUGGAUAGCCUAUGUGCGCCUGUUUCGAAACGUCCUACCAUCGCACACUCACACACACACACACAUAGGGCAUCUGCGUGUUCAGCAGAGACCCUUACAGACUUGUUUGUCCCGAAAGAGAAGCCACCCGCAGCAACUCGAAAACAACCCAUGUGUACGCAGACAUAUGUCCUAGGUGGCUUGCACAAAAUAUAUGCACACCUAAUAUUACCCAUUUAGGUUUAGCUUCAUUUGCAUACCUAUAGGAAGAUGUCUAAUUUGGCGAAAAAGAGAUUAAUUCGGGACUUUAGAAAAUUGCAAGCUGAUUCACCUUACGGAGUUAGCGGCUCCCCAAUAGGGAAUGACAUUAUGAAAUGGAGGGCGGUUAUUUUCGGGCCAGCAGACACCCCUUGGGAGGGAGGCACCUUUCAGCUGGAACUUUUAUUUGGAAAUGAAUACCCAAACAAACCUCCCAAAGUCAAAUUUUUGACCAAAAUGUUUCACCCCAAUAUAUAUAUGGACGGAAACAUAUGUAUUGACAUUCUCCAAAAGCAGUGGAGUCCUAUUUACGACAUUUCUGCAAUACUGACCUCCAUUCAGUCCUUACUGAGUGACCCGAACCCGAACAGCCCAGCCAAUCAGGAAGCUGCCCUCCUCUUUGUGGAGAACAGAAUUGAAUAUAACCGAAGAAUUAAGAACUGUGUCAAGGAUUCCAUCAGUUUUAUCGAUCACAAGGUGCAGGAAGAGGAGGACGGCAAGGCUUAA